AUGGCUGCUAAGAAACUGCGAAGAGCAAAAUUGUCUCCGGAGCUGUGUGAAAGGCUGGGUCGCCAUCAGAUCACUACCUGUCAGGACUUUUUAUGUCUUUCACUAUUGGAGCUAAUGAAGGUGACGGGGCAGAGCUACAGCAAUGUGCAGAAGCUUCUUUGUAAAGUCAGCCUAGCUUGUGCUCCCAAAAUGCAGACAGCUUAUGAAAUGAAAGUGAGGAGGGCUGUCAAUCCCUCCUCAGCAUUCUUGUCCACCAGCUUGCACGGUUUGGAUAAAGUCUUGCAUGGAGGAGUGCCCUGUGGAUCCCUCACAGAGCUAACAAGCCCGCCAGGUUGUGGCAAAACUCAAUUUUGUAUUAUGAUGAGUGUUCUGGCUACGCUACCUGUGAGCAUGGGAGGACUGGAUGGGGCUGUUAUAUACAUUGACACCGAGUCUGCGUUCAGUGCUGAAAGGUUGCUCGAGAUAGCAGAAAGCAGAUUCCCUGCUUAUUUUGACUCAGAGGAAAAGCUGUUUUCCAUGACGCGCAGCAUUCACCUGUAUCGGGAGCUGACCUGUGGCAGUGUGCUGAAAAGGAUUAAAUCUUUGGAAGAAGAAAUUAUUUCAAAGAAGGUUAAGCUCAUAAUAAUCGAUUCUGUUGCGUCAGUUGUCAGAAAGGAGUUUGAUCCAAAGCUCCAAGGCAACCUGACAGAAAGAAGUAACUUCUUGGCUAAAGAAGCAUCACUGUUGAAGUAUUUGGCAGAGGAGUUCUCAAUACCA